AGGCGCCACUCAACGCACCCCGCCAUUUUGUAGCGCGUUAAGAAAACUCAGCCAAGCAACAAAGUUGCAGAUCAGAGCUGCUGUUCCUCGGUGUGCAAUGGACGGCCGCCUAGAGACUGAAUUGUAUCCUAUGGGAUCAAGUUACGCAGAAUUAGACGUUGUUCACGAUAUUGCAGUUGGUACUAAGAGAGGAUCUGACGAGCUGUUCUCCUGUGUUUCCAGCGGGCCCUAUAUCAUGAGCUCAGCAGCCAACGGCAACGACAGCAAGAAGUUCAAAGGGGACAUCAGAAGUCCCAGUGCACCUUCUAGAGUUAUACAUGUGCGCAAGCUCCCCAAUGACAUCAACGAAGCUGAGGUCAUCUCUCUCGGCCUUCCAUUCGGCAAAGUCACCAAUCUCCUAAUGUUGAAGGGAAAGAACCAGGCUUUUUUGGAAAUGAAUUCAGAAGAGGCGGCACAGACGAUGGUCACGUACUAUUCAUCUGUAACACCAGUCAUCAGAAAUCAUCCCAUCUUCAUGCAAUACUCCAACCACAAAGAACUCAAAACAGACAACUCACCAAAUCAAGUGAGGGCACAGGCUGCACUGCAGGCAGUGAAUGCCGUUCAGACCGGUGGCAUGUCUUUAGCUACUGUUGACCCUUCUGGUAUGACUGGCCCCAGCCCUGUGCUUAGGGUUAUAGUUGAAAACCUCUUCUACCCUGUGACCCUGGAUGUCCUUCAACAGAUCUUCUCCAAGUUUGGCACAGUGUUAAAGGUGAUCACUUUCACAAAAAACAACCAAUUUCAAGCUCUCCUCCAGUUUGCUGACGGUCUGACUGCGCAACACGCAAAGCUGGCCCUAGAUGGACAAAACAUCUACAACGGUUGCUGUACCCUGCGAAUUAGCUUUUCUAAACUGACCAGCUUGAAUGUGAAAUACAACAACGACAAGAGCCGUGACUACACACGGCCAGACCUGCCCACAGGAGACAGCCAGCCUUCUCUUGAACAUCACGCAAUGGCUUCUGCAUUUGCUACACCUGGUAUCAUCUCCGCUUCACCGUAUGCUGGAGCUCACACCUUCCCACAAGCAUUUGCCAUCCAGCAGGCCACAGGGUUGACCCUUCAUGGGUUUCCUGGAGCUUUGGCAUCACUGGCUAAUCCCGGAGCAGCUGCGGCCGCCGCGGCUGCGAGCCGACUGGGCUUCCCCGCCCUCCCAGGCAGCCACUGCGUCAUGCUGGUCAGCAACUUGAACCCUGAGAGAGUUACGCCCCAUUGCCUCUUUAUUCUCUUCGGUGUAUAUGGGGAUGUAUUAAGAGUCAAAAUCAUGUUCAACAAGAAAGAGAAUGCUCUCAUACAGAUGUCUGAUGGGACACAGGCACAGCUUGCAAUGAGCCAUUUGAAUGGGCAGAAGCUGUAUGGCAGGCCCCUGCGUGUUACGCUGUCCAAACACAUGGCUGUCCAGAUGCCACGAGAGGGACAUGAGGAUCAGGGUCUCACCAAAGACUACAGUAGCUCUCCUCUUCAUCGCUUUAAGAAGCCAGGGUCCAAAAACUACUCCAACAUCUUUCCUCCAUCAUCCACUCUCCACCUGUCAAACAUACCGCCCUCUGUUGUUGAAGAUGAACUCAAGAUGCUCUUCACUAGCAAUGGCGCUCUGGUUAAGAACUUCAAGUUCUUUCAGAAAGACCGCAAGAUGGCUCUGAUUCAGAUGGGUUCGGUGGAGGAAGCAAUCGAGUCUCUUAUUCAGUUUCACAAUCAUGACCUUGGAGAAAACCACCAUCUUAGGGUUUCCUUCUCUAAAUCCACCAUUUGAAACAAAUGGCAGACCUAAUUAUUUUUCAACUUUAAUGAGUCUUAACUACAAAGCUCACUUCCAUCAUUCCAUUUAUUUUAUUUAAGAGGCAUUUUUAGUGGUUUUAAAUAUAUUUACAUUUUUAUCAAAUAUUUUAAUCAACAGUUGUCAAUAGUGUGGCCCACGACUUCAUACUUCGAAUUCAUUAAUGUUGUUUUGUAUCAUUUCAUCAACUGUACGUGUCACUCCAUUUUCUUUCUGAUUUACUUUUAGGACUCUUUAAACUUUAGACACAAGUGCUUUACUGUAUUUAGAUGCAGAGCCGAACCACCAUAGGCCUUUAAGUUCACAAUCUGUACCAUUUUGUGCCUUACUACCCCAGAACCUCAGCGAAACACCUGCAACUAAUGUUUGCAAAUCUAGUUUGCAAUCAAUUUCAUGCCUUUGGGGGUCAAACAGUCAUGCUCUCAGGAGCCGUGUAUCAUUUCCGGCUGAUGGUACAGGCCUUGAACUCUGCAUCCUGUAUUUUCCAGUAGAGUUAUACUCUUUAUAUCUUCUAGCUUUAGCAUUUAUACUGUAUCUUUAGACAUAGAUUGUUUACAAGCAAAUUUAUGCAAUCGUAUGUGUAUACAUCUAGAUUUGUAUUGUUUUAUACUGUGGGCCAUUGCAUGUUGGCUGUGGUCAGUCUGUUUAUUGUUCGAAUAGAUGUUAAGUAGUCUUGGGCUUCAUAUAAAUGUUUGAUAUAGCAGAUUAUUUAAGCUGUUCUAGUUAAACGCCCAAUGUAUUUUGUUUUCACGUACCUGCGUGUACACUACAGCUCAAAACCAAAGUCUUUACGCUCUUUACCUUCAUAAGGGACAUCCUGACACAAAUAGCCUCAGAUUGGCUUGUAGAAACUUGUCCUCUUUGUGCCCAAGCGCUCUGGAUGUUUCUCUGUAGUGAACACCUGUGUUAUGGAAACGGCUGUGCAGGUGAAUUGGGGCGGUCAGCAGAUGUCGGAUCAUUAUCACACCUGCUGAACAGUGCGCAAGUCUUAACAGAUCAGAUACAAUGGCCUUCAAUGACCUCUGUAAAUAAUGACUUAAGGCCUUCAUUGUCCCCUCAAAAAAUAUGAAAAGUGCCUUUUUUAACGCUCAAUGUCCUGGUAGAUUCGUAGCAGUCCAUCCUAGAGACAUUAUGCUGCAUUGAUUUCAAAAUGAUAUUAGGGCCACCGAGAGACUUGUGAUGUACACUUGUCACUGAUCCGGACCAGACGACAUACAGGAAACAAUAGGAAAGAUCUUGCUUUUUCCUUAUUUUGACAAUUCCCAUUUGUGUGGGACCAAUCUUAAUGUAGGCUGAGGAAACAGGUGCUUUAAAAGAGUUAAGUACUUGGGUCAGUUGAAAUUAAAAAAAAAAAGAAAAGAAUUGUUGGAAAUGUAAAACAAAAGAAAAUGUGUUCUUAACAGUGGCUGGACAAAACCUGAUUAUGCAUCCUUGCACAACAUUUAAAAACCCUUGAUUUAUCUGCCUUAGAUUAAUUGUUUUUACUUGUAGUCAAUGGACAGAUGAGGUGUAAAUACUAUUUUUGUAUCACAAUGUUUAAAGUUACAGGUUUUUAUAUCCUUGAAACGUGUAUAUUUUGGCUAUAUUACAGCUAAGGAUCAUUAGCAUGCAAAAAAUACAGUUAAAGAAUUAAAAUAGAUACAAUCAGGAUUACAGAUUUAUAGUCUAUCAUGUGCUUCAUGACAUUCCUAGUUGUACUUUUCUAUGUAUUUACCUUCAAUAAAUUCUUGUUUGCUUAA